AUCAAAAAAGUCAGCGCCAUUAUUACUAUUUCAAUUUUUUUGUUCUCUUUUUCUUCUUUUUUUUUUUAAUUUUAUUUUAGCUUAUGAUGAUAAUGGAUUGGGGUCUUCAAGCUGUUGUUAUUGGAUCAUCAAGUUCAUAUAGUGCUAAUAAUAUUGAUUUUUCUCCAAAAUUGGAUUUUCAAGAAAGUGAUCAUCAAUAUUUAUCUUUUUCACAUGAGAUGAAAAAAGAGUUUUUUAUUAGUGAUGAAUUAGAAGAACUUUACAAGCCAUUUUAUCAUGUUGAUGGUGGACAAAAUAUGUUGAUGGGAUCUUCAAUCUCAUUAAUUCCCAAAGAAAUUAUUAAAGAAGAGAAGAGAGAAGAAGAGCAACAACAAGUGGUGGCUCCUACUAGUACAUAUGUACCUAAGUACAAAAAAAGGAAAAAUGAACAAAAGAGAGUGGUGCUUCAGUUAAAAGCAGAUGAUCUUUCUUCUGAUAAAUGGGCUUGGAGAAAAUAUGGUCAAAAACCCAUUAAAGGCUCUCCUUAUCCAAGGAGUUAUUAUAGGUGCAGCAGUUCAAAGGGAUGUUUAGCAAGAAAACAAGUAGAACAAAGUUGUACUGAAAAUGGAACUUUUAUUGUGACAUAUACAGCUGAACAUAAUCAUAGUCAGCCAACACGUAGAAAUUCUCUAGCUGGUACUAUAAAAAGCAAAUUUCCAAAUUCAAAAAACACUAAUAUUAAAAAAAAUAUUGUGAAAGAUGAAAAAAUUUCAAGUCCACAUGGUUCAACAUCAAAUAAUAAUUUAGGUUUUUCUCCAGAAACACUUAUGAUCGAUGAAUUUCAAGAAAUCGAAAUGAAUGAUCAUGAAGAAAUCAAAAAUAUGUUUGAAGGAAGUGAUGAAAAUGAAUGUGUUUCAAUUCAAGAAAUGUUUGAUGGAGAUUUCUUUGCUGGUCUUGAAGAUAUUCAUGAUGGAUUUACUUCUUCUUUUGGAUGUAAUAAUUCUACAUUUCCAUUUUCUUUUUGAUCAUGUAAUAUAUGUACUAGAAUCCUUUUUUUUUCUUCUUUUUUUUGUAGAAAUUAUAUAAUCCAUUA